GCAUGCUAAUGCUAGGCAUUAGCGUCAAAUCACUUACGGACUCUUGAAUUUUUGGUGCACGAGAAAUCAACAUGAAUUUUCUAAUGUCCCUACCAUAUUUUUCCCCGUCCUAAUUGCACUCCGACGCGUCCGCGCAAGUCGCUCGCGCAACCAUGGGUGACCGCCUCGAAAAGAAUUCGGCCGCGGUGCGGAAGCGCAUCGAAGAUCACACCUUCACCGACGAGACCGGGGAGGAGUACGAGGCCAGUGCUUUUGGGGGCUUUGGCGACUACUUUAGGCGCAAAAAAAUCAAGUUGCAAAAUCUUGAUGCUGAGCUGCGAGCAAACGCGUCUCCCGGCAAACCGCAGAUCUUCAAGGGUGUCGUCGCCCACGUCAUGGGAUACACUCAGCCAUCCUUACAAGUUCUGCACAAGGAGCUGGUUCAACAUGGCGCCGGAUUUCUUCAGUACCUGGACUCCAAGACAUGUGCUACACAUAUCAUAGCAUCAGCUCUGCCGCCCAAGAAGGUUGUUGACUACAACAAGUACCGAAUGGUGAAGCCCCAGUGGGUUGUGGACUCCAUCAACGCUGGGAAGUUGCUGCCAUGGACCGACUAUCGCGUCUUCGAUGAGGGUCCGGCGCAAAAGACGCUGAAAUUUGACAACGGGAAGAUUUCUGCUGAGAAAAGUCAGCAAUCCAAUCUUGGAUAUAGAGAUCAGACUCAAAACAGCUUUUAUACAAAACAACUGCAGAAGCAAGCGGAGCUUCAUUCACCUGCUGGUUCAUCCCCAUUUCGCUUCAUGAAUCAGAAUUCCGCCCCCUUACGAUCUGAUAACAGUGUACGGUCAAAAACAACCAAACCAGCAACAGCUCUACAUGAUGAUUCAGAUGAGGCGUCCGAGGUCCUCCAGGACCGCGCGACCACGCCGACGUCGCCAACCCCAGCGGGCAAAGAGAAUAUCAAGGAGUGCUCACGUGAGGAUUCUUUUCCAAUGGCCAACGUUGAAAACAAUCAAAUGGCUCCUCCUGAUCCCUGGCCAAAGGUUCCGGAAUUUCCGAGAGGAGGGGGAGAUGAAGCACGUGGCGAUUCAAGGACCAUGACCUCUGAAGAGCACAAUGCAUUGUUACUCAAGGAUCCCAAGAUAUGGAAGUCUUCCACAGCAAAUCCGGAUUUCCUGAAGCAAUUCUACUCUGAAAGUCGCCUCCACCAUCUUUCUACCUGGAAGGCAGAACUCAAGUCCAAGAUGCAGAAGAUGGCUGCCGAGAAGGGCACAGCGCAAAAGCCGAUCAAGCGAAAGCCUGGGUCACGUCGCUAUAUCAUGCAUGUGGACUUUGAUAGCUUUUUCUGUGCCGUAUCAUUGAAAAGCGCACCGGAAUACAUCGAAAAGCCUGCCGUCGUCGCUCAUGGGACUGGUACCGGCUCAGAAAUUGCUUCCUGCAACUACCCUGCACGAGAAUUCGGUAUCAAAAAUGGCAUGUGGAUGAAACGUGCCUUGGAACUGUGUCCCACGAUUAAGGUUCUCCCGUACGACUUCCCAGCCUACGAGGAUGCCAGUAGGCUCUUUUACGAAGCAAUACUCGAGGUUGGUGGCAUCGUACAGAGCGUCAGUGUUGACGAGGCACUGAUAGACAUUACCAGCCUUGUUUUGGAGGCAUCGUCUUCAAGCGGGGUGGGCGUGGACGAAGGCAGUGUGUGGAGAGAACAGGAGAAGGCCAACGAGCUUGCGACGAAUCUGCGAGCUGAGAUCAAACGCAGGACAGGUUGCAAUGUGUCGAUUGGCAUAGGACCAAAUAUCCUAAUGGCCAAAGUCGCACUCAGGAAAGCAAAGCCAGCCGGACAAUAUCAGGUGAAGCCUGAAGAGGCUUUGGAUAUCCUGAGUGGUCUAAAGGUUGAAGACCUGCCCGGCGUUGCAUAUAGCAUCAAAAACAAGCUUGAAGAAGUAGGCGUCAGGCUGGUGAAGGAUGUGCGGGAGCUCUCUCGUGGAAAGUUGACUGCAGUCCUAGGACCCAAGACAGGAGAAAGGCUUUGGGAAUACUCCAGAGGCAUCGACAAAGCCGAGGUUGGCGACCAAACUAUGAGGAAGUCAGUGUCGGCUGAAGUAAACUGGGGUAUUCGGUUUGUUAGCCAGCCCGAGGCCGAAGAGUUUGUCAUGAACUUGUGCAAGGAGCUGGAAAAGAGGCUUCUGAAUGAGGGAGUCAAGGGCAAGAGCUUUACUAUGAAGAUUAUGCGUCGUUCACUCGACUCUCCUCUGGACCCGCCAAAGCACCUGGGCCAUGGAAAAUGCGACGUCUUCAACAAGUCAGUUGCUUUUGGGAUUGCCACCUAUAGUGCUGACUUUAUCGGCAAAGAAGCCAUCUCAAUCUUGAGAAGCUACAACUUUGCACCUGGUGAUCUCCGUGGUCUGGGUGUGCAUCUGAGUCGAUUAGAGCCCAUCAAAGGGCCUGCCGCCGGUGCACCGGAAAGCAGCCAGAAAACAUUGUCUUUCGGGGCUUUUGCGAGAGCUUCGAGUAGCAAGAAGUCAAAACAGGAUACUAUUGAAGAUGACGGCAGAAUUGGCGGUAGGAGAUCUUCCUCGGGCCAUGAGAUGCAGGACGAUCCCAUCUCGGUAGAUCCGUUGACGCCGCGGAAGCCAAAAGCGAGCCCAAUGCACCCUGCGGUUGCGCUUACUAUGGCAAGAGAGGCCGACACUCAGGCCAGGACACCACUGAAUGUAUACGGAACGCAGUUCAUCAUGCCUACACAACCUGACCCCGAGGUCAUGGCUGCGUUGCCUCAUGAUAUCCGCACAAAGCUGAUGGCACAGCAGAAGAAAGCCUUCCCGCCGGCCGCAAGAGAAGGGUCACCUGCUUCAAGGCCCAGGUCCAGAAUACAAAGCCCUGCCUUGCGCGAUGACGAGAUCCCUUCUGACAUAGACCCAGAGGUCUUGGCCAGUUUGCCUGAAGACAUGAAGGCGGAGAUUCUUGCAUCAUAUGGCCGGAGAGGCGGUGGUGCUGGCGGACAAUCAGUGUUGCCGCAGUCCCCUCGCAAGGACAGAGUGAUCAACAGACCACGUCAACGGACGACCCCAACGAAACGCGGCGGGAUACGAGGGAUGCUCGGCCGAGCACGCGAACGACAGCAUGACGCCGAGGCCAGAUUACAACAGACAAACCUCUUCACGGGGCAGAGACGAGAUGAAGGUGAGGCAAUACAUGCAGCAGAGUCGGUAGCGCAACCGGGGCAUAACAUUGUCACAGAGCCCGAGGAAGUACUCGAUCCUGAGGUUCUGGCCGCAUUACCUUUGGAAGUACGCAGGGAGAUUAUGGCUGAGCAGCGCCGCCGCCGGUUGGCUCAGCAGGGUAGCAUAGAUGUACAGGCGCCACCACCCCGGAGGCGCGAGGUGGUUCGAUCCGAGGGUGUAGUUGAUUCGCAGCCGAGACUACAGUUCCACAAUAAGCCGGCACGAGCUUCCUUUACCAAGCAAAACCUCACUUCGCUGCCGAAAAUCAAAGGCAUGCUGCAGCUCUGGCACCGGGAUACUGUUCGCACAGGACCACAUCUGCGAGACACGGAGGUGCUUGAGACAUACCUACGGAAAGUCAUACGUGAGGAGAGAAACCUGGAGAAGGCACAGGUACUUGUUGCAUGGCUGGACUGGUUGGUGGAAGAUCAGGAGGAUGGUGAUAGUGCAGGAAAAGGCAAGAAACAAUGGCAAGCUGCGGUUGAGCGCAUCAAGCGUGUUGUACAAGAAGCUCUGGCAGAGAGAGGACUUGGACCUAUGGACUUGGGUUGA